AUGUCAAUUGCUCAAAGGAUUGUACAAAAACAAUCUCAAACCUUGGCACUCACUCCACAGUUGCGCCAGUCUAUUGAACUUUUAGCGCUUUCUUACCAGGAUUUAUUAGAGCAGAUCUCUCAAACUGCUUUAGAAAAUCCUUUUUUGGAACUUAAAGAAAGCGCAUCUUCAAUAGAAGAAAGUUCCCCAGUUAAAGACGACAAUGAAGAAACGGGGGAAGAAUCCAACCUAUGGACAGGAAACAGUGCUUUUGAUACCCAUAAUCAUCGUUCUAACAAUUCUUUUGAAACAACUCCUAACGCAGAUAAAUUUUCUCAUAUCGCUGACACCCCUCCCUCUCUUCGUGAACACCUGCUACAACAAGCAAAUGUAACCUUCCAGGAUAUUGAAGAGCGCCUUAUUGCUUCUCAAAUUAUUGAUGAGAUAGAUGAGGCGGGAUACUUGGAGGGACAAUCUCUAAAAAGUAUAAGUCGACGCCUAGAGACACCUGAAGAAAAUGUCAGAAAGAUUUGGGAAAUAUUGCGCACGUUUGAUCCUGUAGGUGUAUUUUCUCAUACUCUUGCAGAAUGUUUGGAGGCUCAAUUAAAAGAAAAGAAACUCUGGCAAAAGGGCGUUGAGCUUUUUCUUCAGAAUUUAGAAUUUGUUGCAAAACAGGACUUAAAAGAGCUUAAAAAAAUUACAGGAUGGUCUCAAAAAAAAAUCCUGAGCUUUCUUCAAGAUCUUAAGACCCUUACACCAAAACCAGGCCUUCUUUUUCACAAUGAACCAAUCUCUAUACGAAUUCCCGAUGUGAUUGUUGAAAAAAAAACAACGGGUCAAUGGCAGAUUCUACUCAACCCUGAAACCUUGCCAAAAGUUCUCGUCAAUGAAACCUAUAGUACCGAAAUCUUAAGUGAUGCCUGUGAUAAAGAAACAAAAUCUUAUGUCCAAAAUCGAUUAAGUGAAGCAAAUUGGCUUGUCAAAGCUUUAGACCAAAGAGCAACAACAAUGUUAAAAGUCUCUAAAGUGACAAUGUCUCGCCAAAUUUCCUUCUUAAAACACGGCAUUAAGUCCUUACUCCCAUUAACCUUGAAAGAUGUUUCCGAAAAAAUAGAGAUGCAUGAAAGCACUGUUAGUCGAGCAAUUGCCCAUAAAUAUGUAGGAACACCCCGCGGAAUUUUUCCGAUGAAAUACUUUUUCACAACCUCUAUUGCAAGUUUUACAAAUACUAUGUUGCCCCCCGAAAAGUGGACAGUUGAAUAA